AUGGCUGACGUUCCCCCGCCAACACCAUCCGAACUUCUGAGGAUGGUGACUGAACUCCAACAAGCAAAUCAGCGAAUGGCAGAGGAAAACCAGAGAAUGCAAAACCAAAUCGCACAAUUAGAACAGGCUCGCCUAGAGCAUCAAAAUCACGAUCAUGAAAAUAACGAACGAACUCAUGUCUCCGAGACGCCGCAGAGCGACAAUGAAGAAAAUCCGCGCCAUGAUGAAACCCAACCCGAUAACGAAGAAGAACAACCCGACAACUCGGCAGGACCAUUCACAGCAGAUAUAAUGAACUUCCAACUCCCCCGACAAUUCACUCUGCCGACGACUUUAACCCCAUACGACGGGUUGGGUGACCCAAAACAGCACGUCAAGAAGUUCCGAUCUAUCAUGAUCGUUAACGGUGCAUCUGACCCAAUUCUUUGUCGAUGUUUUCCAUCUUUUUUAGACGGUCCUGCACUUGACUGGUUCUGUUCUUUGCCUGCAGAUUCGAUAUCUCGUUUUCAGGAGCUGGCCGCCCAAUUUGAGGAUCAUUUUGCAGCAUCCGCAAUAUAUCUCCACGAUUCUGAUUACUUGACGACCAUAAAACAGGGAGCACAAGAAAGUCUGAAGGACUAUAUCACCCGCUUUACAAAGGUCGCCAUGAGAAUUCCCGACCUCCAUCCAGAAGUUCAUUUGCACGCCAUAAAAAGCGGCCUUCGCCCUGGCAAAUUCCAAGAAACUAUUGCAGUAACCAAGCCAAAAACCUUAGCCGAAUUUCGUGAAAAGGCUAAGGGUCAGAUCGAUGUUGAAGAACUCAGACAAGCAAGGAAAACGGAAAGAUCGGCAACGAAUAAGGACGACGAUAAACCUCGGGAUAGCAGAAAAGCAUUUAAGCCGGUUCCACGAUAUGACUCAUACACCAAAUUCAAUACAAAAAGGGAUGAUAUCAUAAAGGAGAUAUUAAAUUCCAAACUAAUCAAGCCUCCUCGCAAAGCUGGCAAUUACCCCGAGUCAAAGGGCGUCGACAGAUCAAAGUAUUGCACCUUUCACCAGAAACACGGACACACCACCGACGAAUGUAUCAUCGCCAAAGAUCUCCUCGAGCGGCUAGCAAGACAAGGACAUCUCGAUAAAUUUAUUGCAGGGCAGAUGCAGAAAAACACUACCCCCACACCAGACGCAUCAGCAGCUGGCACCUCCUCAAAAGGAAAGGACAAAGCACCGGCACAACCUAGAGGGGUAAUAAACUGUAUCUCAGGGGGCUAUGCUGGAGGAGGACACACAAGCUCAGCCAGAAAGCGUACUUACAGGGCUAUGCUAGCAAUUACAGAUGCCCCAAGCCAUCCUCGGCUGCCGACGAACAUUUCAGAAGUAACCUUCAGACCAACCGACUUCAACAGUGCCGAUGUCAAUCUAGACGACCCUGUUGUCAUCUCAAUUCAGCUGGGAGACCUGAUAGUGAAGAAAGUUUUACUCGACCCAGGAAGCAGUGCAGAUGUUCUAUUUUUCACCACCUUUGAAAAGAUGAAGCUGAGUAACAACAUUCUGCAGCCAUACAUGGGAGACCUGGUUGGAUUUUCAGGAGAACGAGUUCCUGUACUCGGAUCAGUGUGGUUACAAACCACACUCGGUGAGCAACCAUUACACAAAACACAGGAUAUUCAGUAUCUUGUGGUCGACUGUCUUAGCCCAUACAACGUUAUAUUAGGCAGACCAUUUUUAAACAAAUUCGCUGCAAUUGUUUCUACUGUUCACCUCUGUGUUAAGUUCCCCGUGCAGGACAAUGUCAUAGCUACAGUUCACGGAGAUCUCCAGGAGGCGAGGCAAUGCUACAACACAAGCCUAAAGCCACCCAAAAAAGUCGGACAGUCACAUGUCAACUCUAUAAAGUCGGAACAGAUAACAAUAUCCGAACUUGACCCACGGGCCGACUUUCAGGACCGGCCUACGCCAAACGAGGAGUUGACAAAAAUCAUUUUAAAAGACGAUCCACUAAAAUUUACUUUUGUAGGUACUUCCAUGACUCCAGAAGAUACGAAAAAUCUGACAAGCUUCCUAUAG